UGGACAGCAAUGGGGACAUUAACACGUUAACAAAGCGAUCAAAGCGAAGGGUGAAUACUACGAUUAAACGUAGUCCAGAUAAUCUCGAUGAUAUAUCACGCGAAAACACGUCCAUCUCAGAAUCGAGGGACAAAGUCACCGCUGUUCACGUAGACGACAGCGAUUACGUUGAUUUCUCCUCGUCCCCAAAUAUCGAGACGACCGAAUCCAUUUUUGUAGAUAUGCAAAAUGACGAGAAAUUGCGAAAUCACGAGAGCGAAAAGAUGAUCGAACAUUUGAUGCAGACCACGACCAAGAAUCCGUGGAAAAAGAAAUCAGGGGACCAAGGGGUCGAGUAUUCGGAUUACUAUAGCGACGACGAAGUACUCCAAGACGUCGCCGCGAAUAAAAUUUUGCCGCAACUGAUCGACUCGAGAGAUCCUUACGAUCGAUUAACACGACAGACCUUAAAUUUCACGUCUUAUCGUGACUGCAGCCGUCCGUUCGAUAGAGACUUGCAACCGUAUUAUCCGGAUUACGAUACUCGUAGAACGUAUCGUGGUUUCAAGAACGACUAUGUCAAUUCUCUUAAUAAUUUUCAGAAUUAUCCGACAAAUGACCGUAUCGCGACAUUAAAUCGGAAUUCUCGAGUACUCGGACCGGAUGAGGCAACGUUCAAUUACGCGACCAAUUAUGGAGUUUUGGACUAUCGAAAUCAAAAUUAUGACACCUCGUAUGCCGCGCCGAGCGUUCCGGCGGAAGUUCCGGAAGAUCCGCAAGCGUUCGAAGGGAACAACGUUUCCGAUUUGUCGAAUAAUUACGAUACCUUCGAUCCGAAUAAAUCAGACGGUGGUGAUCGACAGCCUGUCAUCGAAUCGCAGAAUCCAGACCAAUUCGAAUACUUGAACAAUCAGUACGAAAUUCCUGGCGAACAAUUUCAAAGUCUGAGCACCAACAUGCCCCAAAACUUGAACUUGAACGGGGCCGUUGAACCGUUGAUCCAGCCUCAAUAUUUGAACAAUUAUCAACCGAUAGAUACCAACUCGCUUGGCGGGAAUUUCGAUCAGACCAAUAUAAUGAACCAACCGGAAAGUAUGAGAAUUCCAAACGCGGACAAUUACUUCCCGAUCCAAUUUUACAAUAAUCAGCAGGAAACCCAGCAGGAUAAUCAAUUAGAGAAUCAAGAAAAAAAUAUGGAGAACUACGCGUUGCAAUCGACUUUUUACAAUCGUCCAUCCGUCAGUCUUCCCAACGCCAUGGAUCAACCAUUGGGCAAGAUCCUUGAAUCCCUUGGGAUAAACAUUAACGGGGGUCAAAAUAAGGAGAUCAACAUGAACGAAAAUAACAAUCGACAAAUAUUGCCUUAUUCCAACGAUCGCACGUUGGACGUGAUAAAUUACAUAAGGAAGAGACCGUACGAGGUCUAUAAGGAAGAGUCGACUGGUUACGGGGACAAUAAUUUCAGAGGUUUGGAGUAUCAAUCGUUCCUUUCGAAGAACAGGAACAAUAUGAAAGAGGACCAGAGGCAAUUGAAUCAAAAUAUUUCAUUUGGGAAGGAAAAUGUGGACCAUGAUCAUACGAAUAUUACAGGCGCUGUGAGGGAUACGAAACAAGUUGCAAAUGAAAUACUUGAUACCAUAAUGGAGGAGUUGGAGGAUCUGAAGGACGAUCGGUUGAAGAACAACAAGAACAGAGAAGGCUUACCUUGCCGUUUGUCAGGGUCCUGGUCAACAACUCAGGCCGGAGUGAAACUGGAUAUGAGGGUCGUGAAUCGUACUAUAGUAGUGACAGUUUCCAACUUCACGUCAUCCCGUUUACAAGAAAGUUUGUUGAAUGAAACGUGGAACGUCUCUGGUCACGUCCCAUUCAAACGUGGCUUGCCGUUCACCCUCAUCGCCACCCAUAAUUAUACCAAUUCUAUUGCCGUGUUUGUCGGUGCCUGCAGAGUUUGUCAAGGUAUCGACACUAUAGCAGGGGUUUGGUCCGUCGCCCGACAACCAAAGGAUUGCAAGGAUUUACAGGCAGCCACGAGUGUCUUCAACGAUAUUUUUCGUAAAACGCAAUUGUCCAGUUUGAAAGAAGGCGAAAACACUGAGAAUGCGACAUUGAAGCAUAACAAGACGAAAAGUUAAGAAUAAUUUGCCUCCUGAAAUCCGUAUGACGCGGAAAUACUUAACGAAACAAGAAAGAAAAAAAAUGUUGGAAUUCGAGAGAUGGAACUACGAUAGAGGAAAAAAAAAA